UCUCAUUAUUCUGUUUUACUUUAACCUUUACGUGUCUUCCUUGCAAAAUGAUUGAGUUAAAUGAGUUAAAUAAUCUUCAAAAUGUAUUUUCUGCAGUUGAUUACAGUGUAGUGAUUGCAAUGCUUCUUACAUCGAUGGGCAUCGGUUUGUACCAUAGUUGGAAAAGAAGAGGAAUGACAAGUGAUGAAUUGGAAUAUUUAAUGGCGGGAAGAAAAAUGACGGUGAUUCCUGUAAGCUUGAGCAUCUUGGCCAGUUCUCUGAGCAGUUUGGGUCUUUUGAUUUUUUCAACGGAAAUGUACCUCUAUGGAUCGGGCUUUUUCUUCUACAUUUUCCCCCAAUUUGCAGCUGUUUGGUUUUUCAACAAAUUCAUGUUACCAAUUUUUCAUGGACUCAAAAUUACAUCACUUUACCAUUACUUGGAGAAGCGUUUUGAUCGACGUGUUAGGAUAUUCGGAUCGGCAUCAUUUAUUCUUCUUGCUGUACUCUACAUGCCUAUCCUGCUUUACAUGCCGUGCCUAUCCUUCAAACAAUUCACAGGGAUUGAUGUUAAAAUCACUGGUACAGUCUUAGUCGUCGUAGUCAUAACCUACACUUGCAUUGGAGGCUUCAGGGCAACAGUCUGGACAGAUGUCUUCCAAAGUAUCGCCAUGUUUGGCGCAAUUUUCAUUGUCCUUGUUAAAGGAUACGUAGAUCUGGUGAAGGAAGUAGGAGCCAAAGCUAUCUUCCAACUGAACUACAACACAGACCGUUAUAUUUUUCCAACACUUAAUCCCGAUCCUACACUUCGUCAAUCAAUUUGGUCUAUAUUUAUUGGAGGCAUGUGUAUUACCUCCUGUUGCAAUCAACUUGUUGUACAGCGAUGCCUUGCUCUUCCCACCCUUGAGAAGGCAAGAAGAGCUACAUGGAUUUACAUUGUGCUCUUCUGUAUGAUAUUCGUCAUUGGAGUAUUCGGGGGGAGUCUCCUUGUAACAGUCUUCAGGCAUUGUGAUCCAAAAAUUGCAGGAAUUGUUGAUGAAUACGAUCAACUCUUUCCUUUGCUUGUCCUGCUUUUAUCGCAUACACUUCCCAGUCUUAUGGGAAUCUACAUGGGUGGGAUGUUCUGUGCCUCACUCAGCUCCAUUUCGACCUUUCUAAAUUCCCUGGCAGCUGUUGUUCUCGAAGACUUCUGCAAACCCUUCGUAAGGCUAUCAAAUCGUGCAAAGGGUUUAAUCAUGAGAUGCGUUGUUGUUGCCUUUGGUCUCAGUACGAUUCCUUUGAUAACAAUUGCCGAAAAAACUGAUACAAUCGGACAAUUUGCCGUGCGAAUUGAAAGUAUCACAGGUUCAUCAAUUCUUGGGAUCUUCGUUCUUGGUAUCUUCUGCCCUUCUAUCAAUGGAACGUGUGCUCUUAUUGGAGGUAUUUCCUGUAUCUUCCUUGUGGGAUGGAUUUGUUUCUCAGCAAGUAAGGCCAUUGCUGAUGGAAGCUUAGCAUUUGAUAUAAAGCCAAUUGAAUACAGAGGAUGUUCCGAAAUAUUUAACAUCACCAUGAAUUUGGAUAAUUUAGAACUUAAUCAAAAUCUAACUCAUCUAACUAAAGAAACUGAAGGAUCAGACGUAAUGUUCUUGUUUAGAAUAUCCUUCCUGUACUAUCUUCCUCUGGGAAUUCUCACAACAAUUUUCAUUGCUUUCAUUGCAAGAAUUUUUCUUGGAGGUAAUGAAGAAGUGGAUUCAAAGCUUAUUUGGCAGUAUUCGAGAUCUCAAAAACACAUAAAAGUCAAUCAACGAGAUGUUCUUGAAGAUGAAGAAUGUGGAAAGUUGAUGAGGCAUGAAGGAAAUGUUAUGAUAAACUAA